AUGCCAACUCCAUUGAUUUCUCCUGCCGAAAAAGAUUACAUCAAGCAAGGUGUCGAAUAUGAUUGUCGAGCUGAUGGACGAAGUCGUCUUGAAUACCGUCAUUUAAUUCUUGAAAGCGGUCUCCUGUCACAAACCAGCGGCAGUGCACGUUGUCGAUUGGGUGAUAGUGACGUGCUUGUUGGCGUCAAGGUCGAAAUCGGUGAAAUCGAACAAGAUCAACCUGAUCGAGGACGCGUUGUUUGCAAUGUUGAAUGUUCACCAAGUGCAUCGCAACAAUUUGAAGGACGUGGCGCAGACGAGAUAAACAAUACACUGACACUUUCACUGGAACGAUUUCUCAGUGGACCACAAAGCGGACUGGAUCUUGCGAAAUUAUGUAUUAUUCCUGGACGACAGUGUUGGGUGAUCCAUGUGGAUGCCAUGGUCAUGGACUGUGCUGGCAACUUGUUGGAUUGUAUCAUCAUGACCACGCGCGCCGCCUUGUUCGAUACACGUAUCCCCAAAACAGAAAUCCAAGAUCUGGGUGAAGGCGAGUAUGAAUUCGAAGUAAUAGAUGAUGUUGAGGACGCAGAACCGAUUGGUAAAUGGGAUAUGUUACCGCUAGCUGUCACUUUGUACAAGGUUGGCGAUCGUUAUAUCAUUGAUCCGACGAUUCUGGAAGAACUGUGCUCUGAAGUGACAUUGACAGUUGGUGUCAAUAAAGAAGGUGCUAUCUGUGGUGUUCAAAAGGGCGCAGUUGGAAGCAUUGAUCCUAGUCUUUUGACAGAAAUGAUCCAGACUGCUACCACAUUGGGCAAAACCUUGAUAGAGCAAUUAGAUGCCAAACUCAUCGCCGAUGAUCGAGUAGUACAAGCAAAGAGAACGCGCGGUGAACCUAUUCAAAAGCUCGGUUUCUUCGCUGCUGUCUUUUAG